AUGACCUAUUCAGCGCCCCCAUCCAACCCCGCAAGCUCCGCGAAAUCCAAUGUGAAGAAUAUCUCCAACCCGCGCCGCCUCCUAAUCCUCACACCAACAACCCAAUCCCCCACAAUAAUCCCACCACUCCUACACUCCCUAACCGGUGUGCCCGUCCUCGACCCGCCACAACAGCCAGCCCCUUCGCCAACCCUGACCCCAACCCCACCACAGCCAACCUCAAAUUCAACACCCUCACCACCAACGAGCACUUUCGCCGGAUACACAACCCACAGCCCUCUACGCCUCGAAACAAAAUACUACAAAACAGAAGUCCCCGUAUGGGUCGACGAGAUCCCACUCGCGAUCCACGACACAGAUGCACAAACUACUCCCACACCAACACCCACAGCCGAGCAAUGGAAAACCGACUUCUUAAGCACAGAAGCUGAGAUUGUGCGCGAAGCUGUCGGGGCUCUGGUUGUGUGCGCGCAUACUCCUAGCGAUGUGACACCUUUACCAAGCUCCAAUGCAAACGCAGACCCCGCCGAGCGGUCCGACGUGCGCGCACUGCGUGAUCUGAUGCGUGGUGUUGGCGCUGUCAAGGAGCGCAUUGAUGAGGAGCGUGGCGGGCUCGGUGAUGUGACUGGUGUGUUUGUGUUGAUUGGGGGGAGGAAGGGUGCUGCGGGUGUGGGUGUGGGUCAGCAGGGAUCCAAGGGUCCCGAUGUGGAGCUGGGGCUUGGCGUUGAUGAUGGGGAUUUAGGUGGUGGAGAGGCGGUGCCAUUUUCGGUUGGGUGGUGGGAGGAUCAGCUUUUUGAUAUGGGGUUGGUGGGGUGGGAGGUUGUUGAGUGGGAUCCUAAGGAGAGUUUGGAUGUUGAGACGAGGAAUCAAUAUGGAGAACGAGAGGGUAUGCAUCGUAUCAAAGAGGUCCUUGAGACUCAUGACUGGUCUAUGGUUGGGGGUGACGAUGGCUUUGAUGAAGAUAAUGACCCUGCCAUGGAUUCCGAUGAUGAUCUUCAAGACCAACUAUUAGGUCUGGGUAGCUCUCGUGGGUUCGGUGAUGAGGUUCAUGAAUUAGAGCGCGAAAUGUUCGGUUUACGUAUGGCAAUCGAGCGUGGGGGUGGUGAUGGUGAUGAGAGAGAUGAUUCUGAUAAUGAUGGCGAAGAUGAGUUUGAUGUUGAGAGCAUGGAGGCAUUGAUGAUGCGCAUGCAGGCAAUCAAGGAUAUGACCUCCGAGCUGCCGGAGGGUGAACGGAAACGAUUCGCUGCGAAGGCCGUGCAAGAUAUUAUGCGCGAGCUCUGA